AUGAGCUCACAUCCAAACCAAGGCGAAGUGUUUGCUGGAGGCGCCACCACGUCCCAGCACGUGGAUGCCCAGGACGACACUCAUUUCGAAAACACCACCUUCAAACUCAAGAGAACGCGGUCCUUGGGGUUGUUGGACGAAUUCAUCCAGCCCGACAAGGACGCCCAGCCGGAUUCCAGCAAAGCCUCCCACUCUCUGGAUGCUGCCAAUGACUCCUCCCACCCGCUGGACGUCCCUGACGACGACGAAGACGACUCCAUCCUCGACUCCAACGCCAUCUCGUUCAAGAGCCCUGAGUUGCUACCCCACGACGACACAGAUAUAGCCAACGAGCCCUCGAGACACGUCGACUACUUUUCACACCAGUGGGACGUUUCUGACAUCUCGAGGUCUUGGCGAUACGUCAUUUCCAAGCGGAAGGACGUGGCCAACUCCGCCCGUUUGGAAAACGCUUCCUGGCGGACUUGGGCCCAGAGACGAUGCAACUUGAAAACCAUCAGUCCCGAGGUCGUCAAUUGGUCAAAAGAUAGCGACGUCACUUGGCUUUAUGGCCCUAUCUUGAAAGACAACCACUCACUCUCGGUGACAAACAUCAACGGCGAGGACGAAGAUGAGAAAUGCAAGCCAGAGGCCAUCACAACCGCCACCUCUGCGGUUGCAGGUGAUAUAUCCAUACCUAACAAGAACGCCUCACGUAGUGGGCCAAAGCCAAUUUUGAAACGAAGAACCGUGGAGGACAUGAUUAUUAGUCAGUCCAACUUGCUAAAGUUGGAGCUAGCCACCAACAAGAUGUACCAAAAGCAAAGAGAGAAGCAAAUCCAACAAUUGAAGCAGUGGAAACAAGCAGAAGAGAAGCGGAGACAAAAGCAAGAUACAAAGACCCCCGAGUAUGAUGACUUUGAAGCCAUUUCUGCAAAAUUAAACUCUCAAUAUAAAAGCUUGAGUGGUGCUCAAGCUAGUUCUCAGUCAAAUUCCCUCGUCAACCUUCAGAAUCUCAUCAAGAAAAACUCAUCUAACAACUUAGCUCAGAAAGCUCCUGAAAACGAUACUUCCAACACCACCGACGAGACCAUUCAGCUGGUACCUAAUGAAGCUGUAGAAGAAGGUGCUGAGAUUGCCACCCAUGAGCCUGCCUUGCCCGAAGUUGCAAAGGGUGAUCGUCAUAUCCACUUCAACGACCAAGUCCAGCAGUGUAUUGCUGUAGACACUUUCUCUGAUGACGAAUACGACGAUGAGUACUACGACGAUAGUUAUGACGAUGAUGAGUCCAGUGGUAUGAAUCAAGGAUAUUAUUAUGACAACGAAGGUUCUGACGAAGAAGAGAAUGGUUAUACCUAUGGCGACCAUCGUCGUCCUGGGUAUUACCAUAGUGAUGAUGACGCGCACGAAGGUGAUGCCGAUGAUGACGAGGAAGAUGAUGACGAAGACGACGAAGGUGGUUUCUUCCUUAAUGUUAAAUCACCUUCUACUCAUCCUGCAGGCGUCAACAUCCCAUUCAGUUCCAACAAUAAUGCUAAUCUAAGCCAGAGAGAGCCAGAAAAUACCGAAGACACCGACUCACUUUCUACCGCCAACAGUAAGAUGUAUAAGACCAUCCAAUUACUUCCACCAACCACGUUAAACUACGGUUCCGACGAGGAGAGUACCGAAGAGAAUCCAUACACCUCAAGUUUGUCGCAUAAUGUUGACAAUAAUAGCCGUAGAGGGUACGAUUACUACUAUGAUUAUAAUACUGUGUAUACCGUUGACCCCAAUCAUGCUAUUUACGGUAACAAGAAGGAAGUUCCUGAGGUCUGUGAUGUUCCAGAAAAUAUUACUUUGGGUUCUAACUUUGACUACGAAUCUAUUGAACACGAUGAAUACCGCUCGCCUACCGAAGGUAUGCCUAUCAUCAAUCCCUCGAUUAUUCAUAGCAACAACAUCAACAAUCAACCAGGACAAGCAUAUGAAGACAAGCAUAAACCAAAGGUAUCGCCAUUUCAAUUGAGUGACUCGGAGGAGUCGGACUCCGACUCCGAUGGGGAAACGUUAUCAAUUGGGGCCAGAAGGUCCAGUCAGUCAUUAGCGCAACUGGUGUUCAACAAGGAGGGCCUUACGCCUAACGAGCCUGAAAAUCACUUUCCAACCAAUUUGAAUCACCCACAGCCAGUUUCCGCUCCUGUUUCCAGCAUUAACCCUAACCAUUCAACGACUUCAAUUACCAAGCAGCCGCAUUCGUCAAACUCGUUGUCUGAAUCAUUCUUCGGAGGAAACGGCUUGACCAAACAAAAGGCUUCGAGUAAUUCUUUGUCAGACCAAUUUUUUGGGGGAGCUGGAUUAACCAAGGCAUCAAGCAUCUCCUUAUCUGACCAGUUUUUUAAUGCCAAUCAAAACUCGCAUGCGUUUUCACCAUCCCCUGAAAGCCAGAAAUACUCCAAAGCUCAGAAGAAAGCUUCACCAUUACCCCCUCACACCACUUCCACCAAUGCUUUCCUGGGAAACACUACGCCGCCCUUAGCUGACAACCUAGGCUCCAAAUCCAAGAACACAUUUAUGUUUGACACCGACUCUGAGUCGGAAGAUGAGUUCUUGGAGCACACACCAGUGCAUACCAGUUCGAAUUCCAACACUGCGGAUAACUAUGUCAGAAGCUAUGCUUCGCUCUCGCAAGUGGCUGGCAAGAAUGGCAUCCGGAAUAUCACUCCGGAGGGUUCUCCAGUGGAAUUACCCGUCAGCUCCCCUAAUCAGGAAGGCAAGAGCAAAAUAGUGGACCUGGCCAAGGGGUUUGCCAAUCACCUUUUGGGUGGCUGGAAGAAU